UAGCCAGAGGGCAGAAAGACCCCUGACUCAGGCCUGACUAACACCCUGACCAGGUGCAGGGACAUGAACUGACCGUGCUGGGCAGAGAGUGGCCCACGAGUGGAGCUGGUCACAGCUCAAGUCCUCAGGAAGGAGAAAGAUACCUCAUUUGGGUAAGGACAGCCAGGCCACAUCUCAGCAAGCAGGAGUGUUGUGAAGAGCUUGGUUCUGAGCAGUGUCAGGAAGACUGGGGGGGUGCAGAAGCAGCAGGGCCAGCCCAGCCCAUGUCCUGCCCCAGUCCUGGAAGGACAGAAGGAACAAGGCUUAUACCCGCUUGGCUGAGGUGCCAUGGCCAGACUCUGCCUGAGCCUGCUGCUGCUCCUGGUGGCCACUGUGACCUUUGUGCCCAGAGGUGUCCACACCUGGGGCAGAUCGAAGGUGGUGAGGAAUUUCCAAGACAUCCCGGAAACUUACGUCUAUGUGCGGCAGGCACUGUGGCAUGCCAUGAAAGAGUAUAACAAGGCCAGCAAAGACAAGUAUACCUUCAAGGUGGUGAAGGUCCUGAAAUCCCAGGAACAGGUCACAGACAGUUUGGACUACUUUCUUGAAGUCAAAAUUGCCCGAACAAUGUGCAAGAAAAUUUCAGGAGAAAAUGAAAACUGCUUGUUACAACAGGAUCCCCAAAUGAAAAAGAUGUUUCUUUGCACCUUUAUUGUUGCAACAAAACCUUGGAAAUUUGAAUUCACUACGCUGAAGAAACAAUGUGAAGAGGUCUAAUUACCUUCUAGCAUAUUCCACUGCUUUCACUUCCAUUUUAAAGAAGCAAAUACGCUUGUAAAUCAUUUAAAUAAGCUGACCCACUGACUUCACUUUUGUGGCCUUUGUGCUUUUUUGUAUGCACUUCAGGGUCUGAUACUGAGAA